CAUAGUAAAAACAUAAGCAGCUGCCACAUUUGCAGCAUCGGUAGCAAGCAAUACAACGGUAGCAGUGGCAUAGUGGCACCACCAGUGACAGUGGAUAUCACAAACGCAGAAGCGGUGGCAGUUAAUUGGCAUUCGCCUACUUGCAAAGCAUACCUACGCGUAGACGCGCAAUAACCCAUAAUACCCGUCGCUAAAGUGGCACCGAUCUAUACGUUGUGAACAAAUCGCGGUCGCAUCAAUGUCCUAUCCGGUUCCGAUUGCCUGUGAGAUCAUUGUCGCGGAUUAAUUCGCAACUCAUACGUGGUGAAAUAACGGUUUGAAUGGUAGCCAAAGUCAGAGCCCGAGCCAGAGCCAGAGCCUUCCAUUGAAAAUAGCGGUACUGUGUAAUUAGCUGUGAAUUCGUUUGAUUGAACAAAAGUGUUGAAAAUUUUAAAUCAAUAAAACUGAUUUCCUUUGCUAAUUAUGUGUAUUAAAACAUGAAAUAAACAAAUUUUCUAAAUAUCGUUACAAAUUUUGAAACAAAAUUUAUCCAUGAAGAAUAGUGUAUAUGGCUCUGCCAUCGUGAGUGAGUUAUAACAACCGAUCCGCGUGCGUUUGUUGAACUGUCGGCAAGUUUGUUGUUUGUGCUCUUGCUUUCGUAUGUAUUUUAUUGUUGUGUGUUACUUUUGCCGCCGCUAAAAAUUACACAUAAUUCUUGGCCUGGAAUAGUAUGCGAAUUUGUUCACAGUGGAUUCAACGAAUAAAAUGGCCGUUGGACCGACGGAGGGCAAACAUCCUCCCUCAGAGACAUUCUCACCCACACAUCAAAUUAUAGCACCCAGCCCCAUCUUGGCAGUGCCGACGCUCGCCUUCUCCGCCGCACAAGUGGAAAUUGUUUGUAAAACGCUGGAGGAUUCUGGGGACAUAGAGCGUUUGGCACGUUUCCUCUGGAGUUUACCGGUGGCCUUGCCGAAUAUGCAUGAAAUCUUAAAUUGUGAAGCCGUACUCAGGGCGCGAGCGGUUGUUGCUUAUCAUGUCGGAAAUUUCAGGGAGCUUUAUGCAAUAAUAGAAAAUCAUAAAUUUACAAAAGCAUCUUAUGGCAAAUUACAGGCAAUGUGGCUCGAAGCCCACUAUAUCGAGGCAGAAAAGUUGCGCGGUCGAUCACUGGGUCCCGUGGAUAAAUAUCGUGUGCGAAAAAAGUUUCCUCUGCCGCCCACUAUUUGGGAUGGCGAACAGAAAACGCACUGCUUUAAGGAGAGAACGAGAAGUUUGCUGCGUGAGUGGUACCUUCAGGAUCCGUAUCCGAAUCCGACAAAAAAACGUGAAUUGGCGAAAGCAACCGGCCUCAAUCCCACCCAAGUGGGGAACUGGUUUAAAAAUCGAAGGCAAAGGGACAGAGCAGCUGCAGCUAAAAAUAGAAUACAACAUAAUCAAAAUAACUCCGGUCUUCUUUGCCGCAGCCGUCGGCCAGAGGGAGCACCAUCUCCGACACCAUCGGACACAUCAGAUUCAGAUAUCUCUCUGGGCACCCACUCACCUGUUCCUAGUAGUAUUCAACUACAGCAUAGCCCUGGUUCCACAUCGAAUGGUGCCAACGAUCGCGAAGAGAGUCUUAGUAUUGACGAUGACAAACCACGCGAUUUGGCCACCUCCAUAGCGGCGAGUAAUUUGGCAGCCGCAGCCACAUAUGCCACAUCCACACCGCUAUCCACCUGCUUGCCACCUUUCAAAUUGGACACAGCCACCAGUCUCUUUAAUGCCGGUUGUUAUUUGCAAAGCUUUAGUAAUCUAAAAGAAAUGUCACAGCAAUUCCCCAUACAACCGAUUGUCAUUAGACCACAACCACAAUUGCCGGCACAGGCGCAUAGCUUGAACGGCAGUCACCUGCAUGCCGCCAUCAAUUAUCCACCACCCGCAUAUGCGGCGAUGGACUGUACACCACCGAAAAUACGUGUCAAUUCACCAGAAAAACUCAAUUCAACGGCAAACAGCAUAGCGGCCACACUGAGCACGGUGGCAGCGUUGCAGGACACCUCUGCGUACCAGCAUCACCAUCAUCACAGCGUACAGCUGUUGCAUCGACCGUUCUCGACAUCGCCUGAUGUUGCUCACAACAACCACAAUGCCGCUCCACCGGAGAUCACAUGAUACGCUAACGGUAAACACCAAUACAAGCACUAAUACUUGAUGAAUACUGCAAUUAGUGCUGAAGGAUGUGUCGAAGUUGGUAUAGAAUUUUGGGCUUAUAGAAAAUAGAAAAGUAUGUGUGUGUUGUUGAACCAUUCGGGUAUUUUAGAAACAGUAUACGGUAAUCGUAUUCAAAAAUAAAAUAAAAGUCCACAUACGUUACUUUGAGAGGAAGAGCUAAAUUAAAUCGUAGUUAUCUAUUGGAAUAUUUACUCUUAAGCGAUCUUGUAUAGAAUAUUUACUAUAUUUAAUAUUAUGAGUUGAUAAAAAACUUCUGCAUUUUAGUUUUAAUAAAACAUCAUUCUUUUGAAAUU